AUGCGAAUAGCUGAGGCUAGAAAAAUGAGAUCUUUGGGCUCAUCAUACGCUUGUCUGGAGUCUUUGAGUUAUCAAUUUCUGCAAAGAUGCUUAGUCAGCGGAACUGCAAAAGGGAAAUCUAAAAUCAAAGGAGCACAGCCAUUGAAGAGAUCGAAGGUAACAACCAAGAAAAGAACUGGGUCGGGUGAUUCGAAUCAGAAAGAUGGUGGGCCCAGAAGAAAAUCCGAAUUUGAUGAAUUGGUCGACGAGUGCUUGGCUUCAACUUCCCCAAUUAGAUUCUUGAAGCCUAAGGAAAAAGCUAGGGAAGCCGAGAGAGAAAAGAUGGGGCUGAAAAGUAAGGUAAUGGAAGAACAGGAGAAGAAAUGGAAGAAAAUGAAGAAUGAAUUUGAUUCCCCAUUUUUGAUGGGUACCCCAGGAUUGGAUUUGAUAAAAAAUUUUGAGAAAGGGUGGUUUACCAACAUUUUACCCCUCAACAUUUUGAGAAAAGACUGUGCAGACGAAUUUGCCCCUCAAAAAGUUGAUUUCCGUCUCUCCUGA